AUGGACAUCGCAAGCUCAACGGCCAUCAUUCCCGUGGCGCGAAUCAAUGAAACUCUUGUCACCGAGCCGGCUGGCGAUGAUGCUUCGAGAGUUACGCUGAAAUUGGCGCUCGUCAUCUCCUACUUGGUGCUAUUCAUUGUUGGAACCGUCGGAAAUGGCACCGUCAUCCUAAUGAUCAUCAAUGUGCUUUCAUCGAUGAGCAAAAACGCGUCAACCGGAAAGCGAAAAGUCAACUCAAACACAUCGCACGUGUUCAUCUACGUUCUAGGAUUAUCGAUAGUUGACCUUCUCGUCAUUCUGCACCUACCAUUUCUGGUAGCCGAUCUGCUGAAAGGCCAAUGGCUGUUCGGAAUGGCGAUGUGCAAGGUUUACUGGUUCGGCGAAAGUGUCAACAAGCUUCUCAGCUCAUUUCUGAUGACGGUGCUCAGCUGGGACAGAUAUAUGGCGGUGUGCAGCCCGGUGAAGUCGAUGAAAAUUCGGAGCAACGCGACCGCGAUGAAAGUGCUCAUCGCGUGCACAAGUCUCGCCACCAUUCUUCUACUACCGGUGCUCAUCGAGGCGAGAGUGUUCAAAAUCGACAAGCUUCUAAUGAUCCCAUUGGAGGACGGAAGCGUCGAAUUGGAGAAGUCCGAUCGCGCCGGCACCACAAUGCGCAAAUGCAUGUUCGACGCCGGCGCGACGUUCACCCUCUACACGUUCGUCAUCGGCUUCGCCCUUCCCGCCGUCCUAAUCAUCAUAUUUUAUGUGAAGGUGAUUUUCGCGCUUCAGAAGUCAUCGAGAAACGUUCGCGUCACUCGCGGGACCACAAUGAAGCCCGACGGCUCGUCGAGCCGCGUCAAAAAGGUGACGAAACGCAUCGUCGCCGUCAUCCUAUUCUAUUUCCUCUGCUGGACACCGCAAUGGACGUUGAAUAUCAUGACGCAAUUCAAUCUGAUUCGCGUCUCAUGGAUGACGCCAGCACUCUCGGCGAUGUUCUUCGUCGCUCAUUUAUUGGUGUGCUUCAAUUCGGCGGCAAAUCCAAUUUUAUACGCCUACAUUAAUCGCGAGCUUCGCAAUCAGCACGUCAUGGCGAUGCAUCGAAAGCGGCAUUCGGUGAUUCAAGAUCAGACGAAAAUCGCGCAAAAAAUCUCUCGCCAAUCGCGUCAUUCCGAUGUGUCGGCGACAAUUCUCGGCAAAUUCAACGAGCAACAUUCGAAUGAUCGCAAGCUGAUUCACCGAAUCGGCGACAUUCUCGCCUCAAUAUUGCGCCUCAAAAAAUCCGAUCAAACGCGUCUCGCCUCAAUCAACAUCGACGUCCCCUCAUCAGUGUCCGACGAAUCUCGCGAGAACGAAGACGAUUAUCUCUAA